CUACAGUAAGUCGAUCUCGGUCUUCGUCGAAAUUUGCUUCAUGGCAAGAACAUGUUCAUACUAGCUGAUUGUAUUCAGUGCUGCCUGUCACUGGAGAAGCUGGAUUGUGAUAAGUGUCGAAUUACUUCAAACGAUAUAUUUACAUUAUUGUCACACCUAAAAUUCCACGAUAUUCAACUAAAGUGUUUAAAACGGUGGGACCUUCAAGACAACAGCAUCGAUGAUGACGCAGUGAAUACUCUUAUUACGUAUUUGCCUUCAGUGUUUCCAUGCAUUGAGGAUAUUGAUCUAGAUGAUAAUCUCGUGAGUACAGAGACAGUGAAGAAACUUGAUGAGUUUUUGAAGGAGAGAAACACGACUGAAGAUGAGGAGUUUGAUUCCACUAGUUCUGAAUCAACAACACCUGAUGAUGCGAGUGACUCUCUGCCAGAGCACACUAGUACUGAUUCUAUUAGUGAGGAUACGGACUUUAAAGCUACUGAUGAAGAUCUGAAUGCACUAAAGGAGGAUAGGUCCCCUACAGCUAGUCAGGAUUCCACAGCUGCUACUGAUAUUUCCAAUUUAACCAGCCAAAAACAACAGCUACAAACAGACUCGUUAUCUUUUCCUUCGCAAGGUUUGCCUAUUGAAACAGUAAAGAGAGACGCUGAAGUCACUAACGAGCAGCUUGACACAACAGUAGAAGAAACACACCUCUCUGAAAUGUCGUCACAAUCUGACAGCACCCAUAACGACUAUCUUAUGGAGCAAGGCCUCUCAUCUGGACAACAAUGUGACGUGAGGAGUCAUGCAUUCGUACCCGGCACUCAGGCUGCUGAUCAUGAUGUCAUGAACGCUCCUGAAGUGUCUCACACACUAAAAGAAGUACCUAAUAACAGCCUGACCAUUGAAGCACUAAAGAGGGAAACUAAUAUCACUGACGAGCAGCUUGACACAAGAGUAGAAGAAUUAGACCUUCCCAAAUUAUCUUCAUAUUUCGACAACACUAAUGACUAUGUUGAAAUACUGGGGCUCUCACCUGGACAGCAAACUGAUGUCAUUGAAGAGAAGGCUAGAACAGCAUUGAAUCGAACACAUGCUGGAAUAAAGCUGGCUCUGAAAUAUUGGCUGAAUAGAGUUCUUUCAGAGGGUACCUUCAGAGCUCUGCUACUCAUCCUAAUCUCCCUGGACAAAGGAGACGUUGCUAUCAAGGUGGCACAGUAUUUGUCAGCCAAAGGUACUAUAUAGAUGUUAAAAAGUCAAUAGCUAUAUAUAGUGCAUGCAUGUGAACAUUAUUCAAUUAUAGCUAGUUGUAGAGUAGUUAUUAUUUCGUUUUUUGAGAGACAAAUACUUGUGUGUGGUAACUGAUAAUUUAGUUUUUCAUAGAUCAUUAACCUUUUAUUGUACAUAUACACAUAUCAGGCUGUUUGUUUCCUACAUCAAGAAUUCUGUAUUAUAAUUAUGUUAUAGAUAGCUCUCACAUCCUGUAUAAUUAUCAGUCUCAUUUGUUAUAAAAUCGAAUAAUCAGAUGUACGUACUAGUUGAUCAAAAAAUCCACACAGAUUCUGACACACACACACACACACACACACAAUGGUGUUUUUGCACUAAUUUUAUGUCUUUGAAAUGAACUCUCUCCUUCAUUCUCCUGCAGAGUAGUAGUAAAAGUAAUACGUAUAUAGUGUGCGAAUUUGACCUUAUUAAUUAAUGUCACCAAUUGGUUUGGGUGGUCUAGACCACUUAGCUGUGGCCAAUGGCCAGACCAACAGUUGUACAGCUAUAAAUUAUGCAACAAACUAACAAUAAUCGUAUAUAUAGGUACUGCGUUGAUCGAUUGUUAAUGGUAUAAUUAUAAUAGUGAUUUCUCUAAAACAACCUUUGAAAAGCAGAAAUAUGCAUUGAAUGCUUCGUGUCCUUUAUGGUUAGAAAACACAAUAACGCAGCAACCACUCUGCAAUUCCAUGGAAUUCACUAUAAACUGAUACUACAGUGUUGCAGUUCACAGCUAUAUACUUGCUGCUCGGGCACUAAGAACACAAAUACAUUCACCAGAAGAUCUACCCUCGAGAGAUGCCACGAGGAAUUUUGAGCCCCAUGUCACAGUUGGAGGCACUUGUUCAACAAUAUGAUUAUAAAUGGCUAUACUUUGCUUGAAGAAUAUUAAGAUCCGCUAAACACAGACGUUUCCAUUAUAAGUAUAUCCUCAAUCGCUGUCUGAUUAGCAGUUAAAGCAGUAGUGUCUAGUUCGCUUAAACAGCAAAUGUGUUGUGUCCACGCACACGCACACACAUCAAUCACUCUACCCCUAUUGCACACUGCACACGCACGAGGUAAUAAGGUGUCUUGAAGUGUGAAAACCUCCAAGGAAUCACUCACAUUUUCAAUUGGCGAGGAAUGUGUAAAAAUAGUGCACUUUUGAUGUCACAGUAGAAUUUGUUGAAUGGUAGCACGUAUUAUAGACAGUCUUUAAUCAAGAGAUUCAUUGUAAGCUCUGUGUCUGCCAGUGACUUUAUGAUCAGUGGGUGUAGAUAAAGUGAGUAUCCUCAACAGCUGCACACAUAGUACCUCCAAUGAGGGUCCUCAGUAGGCACAUAACUACCCAUGCAAAGGAAGGCGUCCCAAGAGCCACAUAUAUAUAUGUGAUGCUGCAAAGUAUAGGUUACAUGUGAGGCAUGCAUGUGUGAGUUUGUCUCCAGAGGAGCUAGGUCCGACUGCCAGGCUGGUGCAGCUCAAGCAAUUACCGGUAGUCUCUGAUUUCACCAGAUUAAUGAUCACACUCAGCAAUAACACACAUGCAACGUGGGCGAAUAAUUAGUAUUCACUCAAAGGCUAAUUGCUUGAGCUACAUUGUCCUGUGGUACUCCCUCUGGUGUGUCUCUAUAAGUGUAGAAGUGUGUGUGAGUGGGUGUGGUGUGUGAAUGCAGUACACAUUCAGUGUAAUUACCUGGUUGAGUUAUUUUACCCUCUGGGGACUUUAAAUGAUCAACAUCCCGGAACACCCUUGGAAUGUUUUUCUAUACUCAUUGUAACCAUACUCAAACUCGGACAUUUUUUGGUUAAAAUUAAUGUUAAGUAAUGCUCAUUGUAUACAGGCAGUGAAAUAAUGCACCUAUCAAUGCAAACCACACCCCCUCCCGGGAUAGGGUGGGGAUUUGUAUUAACUUUGCCUCCCCUGUGUGCAUGGGUGGGGAUUUUGUAUAAGUCUGCAUACUCAGCAGCCACAAUUAAGUCAGUAUAAUUAUUAUAAUUUUAACUCUUUUAUAACCUCCCAUGGCAUGUGUAGCUUUUUGGAAGGAACAAAUAGCAAGACUUAAUAUAGAAAACCUGAUUGCCUGCAUGUGACUGUGAUUUCAUUGGACGGAGUGGAAGCAAAACCACAGACUUUUAAUGCCUUGUAUACCUCAAGUGUGCUUGCUGUUACAAUAGUGAGUAUUAUUUUGUGCUCCUGUGUACAGUCUAUUGGAGUUGCGUACUCUUCCUAAUGAACUCUUGCUAUAACUGACAUGCAUACAUCAUGUCAUGUAAGUUCAAAUAAUGUGAACAUGUACAAUUAUACAAUCGAACAUGCAUGAUGGAGUUUUAUAAGUGUGUAAAGGAAUGGAUGAGAUCGAUAUGUAUACUGAUCUGAAUUGAUCACCAACUAAGUACAUCAUUAUCCUUAUAGUUAAAUGCGCAAUGACCAGUGGCGUAGGCAGAGGGGGGCUGACGGGGCUAGAGCCCUCUCUUUUGUGCUUUAUCAAUUCCAACUCAGCCGCGAUCUGUCGAUGUAUUCUGCACUGUAUACUGCAUGCAUAGUUACUACAAUGAUGUCGGAAAUGUGGGCAGGGCCAUCUAAUGCGCAUGCUGACUGCUUAGGACCUUUUUUAGUGUUAUGCUCUGGCCCUGCUCAACUGAUUUGAGCCCUGCCCUUCCCCAAAUCCUUGCUACGCCACUGAUCACGACAUAUUAAAACACUCGGCUACGUGUGUUCUAACUAAAACUCUGUACAGUUUGAGAUCUCGAUCUAUAGGAGUACGUCACUGUUUCGUUGGUGGAGCCACUGUGGUUUCUUAUAGCCCUCCAAUAAUUAUUAUAAUUAUGAUAUCUCUGGAUAAAGUAUAAUGUACCACAUAAAUCGCUUGGUCUUCCCCAGACUAUAUACAGUGAAAGAUGAACCCUUAUUAUAGUGUUAUCAGUGGACGUGGACAAGACAUAUUAGAACUAGAUAUGCAACAGUGUUUUAUCUCAAUAAUUAUAUAAAGUGAGCUCUCAUUGAUACAAUUGAACAAUGAGCACAAAAAUAAAUAACUCAACUGCUUAUUAAUAAUUAGAAUGAAAUGACAUUUUCAGUUUUGCACCAAUAAUUAUUAUCAUGACUAUGUUAAUAUCAGUUCAGCAGUUCCAGUUUGUUGGUUUUUUAACUUCAACAGAUGAGUAACCACUUGAAUGUAUCCGUAGAGAGCCCCACCCAGUACAACUAGAGCUAGUACAGCCAACACACUCACAACAGGUAGGACAACAUUGAGGACUAGUGAUGAAGAUGAGGACUCUACAACUGUGUGUACAUGGAGAAAAAACAAAUGGACUAUUAGUUUUGUAUCAAUGUUUUUGCUCGUUAAAGGAAUGCAAGGUUUAUACCUUACUAGAAUGUGUUGCGGAUAAAAAACCUUUGCGAUGAGCCAAAUCAGCAGAAAAAUUGACGUUCUUGAAAAUUGAAGAUAGUGACUAUUGCAAUUUCAAUUUUCGUAUAAUGCUAUAUACGAAAAUUCCCACCAUACGGAAAUAAUCCACUAUAUUCGGUACUUAACCAAGAUCGUAUCACUGUUCAUAUUGUAAAGAUAUCAGCUAACAGAUGAGGAGGGGUUUCACCAAGAGCUAAGCUGCAAACUCAGAACAUUCAUAACAAAGUUGGCCACCAUUCCCAAACUCCCUCCCUCUGUGAAGGAUCUGGAAGAAGAGAUAUUAUGACCAGCUGCUCCACAAUACUCUGUAGGCUUACGCCACGCCAGAUAAGAAGUACGAGUUGGGAUAUAACGCCCCCUCAAAAUGACUAAUGCACCUAAUUCACCUUUAACUAGCGAAUCCAUAAUUGCUCAUAAAAGUCAUUGACUCUUUCUUUGUUGCUAACAUUGUUAAUUUUUUAUCAAUAUUAUUAUUACAAAACCUUCAUCUGUGUGAUUAAUGAUCUUUACCAAACAAACACAUUUGGCAGGGCUGCUGACUUUGCUUGCGUCUAGUGAAGUCUGCCAUGCAUAUAGCUUUGCAUGUCAUUCAUACACACUAGUUACAGUCACCUAUUUUAACUUUCAAAAAAUCACCAAAAAGACAAACCUUAAGUCUUACUGUCGUGUAAGAAUUCUGCUGCUAGUAGCUUGCAUUCCUUAACAAUACUUGAACCAUCUACCUAGUUAGACCAUUCUAGCAAUAGGACUUCACAACAAUAAAAAAAUACAUUUACGAGUGAUGCUUACCAGCAAGGCAUUGUAUCAAAAGGGCCGGGAAGGGUCCAGAUUUGCUUUAGGUAUACAGCUAUAUAUACUUGUUUUCCCACGGGCUGGCAAUAUAUACACACAGUUUCUAGAUGUCCAACUAAAAGGAGUUCAGCUGGCGUCCUGACCUUUAACUGGUGUCCCAGCUAUAUGAGCUCAUAGCCAGUACGCGGUAUCAAAUUGCGGUAACUGCAUGGAGUCCCAGCCAGUACGCGGUAACUGCAUGCAUGGAGUCCCAUGAGCUAAGUGCAGGCUGGAGUCCCAGAUAGUGAACAAGUCUACUACAGUAUAUUACUGAGAACUUCGGAAACGAAAGAUAUAGGCAUUGCCAGAAAGCAAAUUAAAUAUUAACUUUCCGCAAACCUCAACUGACAAGAAAGAGGUAUACACUAUAUUUUAUAUCUCUUUGCAUAUGCUCCCUCUUCUUUAUCUGUGAUGAUUAAACUAAGUAAAAAAGAGGGAAAAAAAUAGCCGGCGUCCCGACCUUCUGCGCAAGCUAGAGUCCUAGCCAGUAACUGGAGUCCCAGUUAAGUAGUAGUCCCGACCAGUGCACCAAUACAGCCGACAACUUAGAAACGAGAUGUGCAACGCAUGCCGGAGUCCCGACCACCUAUACUUCCGCUCCAAAGUAACAGUAAGGGAUUGGCUUUGUUCACUCGAUGUCAGGAACGGAAGUUAAAUUUAACCACAACCACACCCCUAGAAUUCUUCAGCAGUUGCACUGGGACUGGGCACAACAAUAUUAUGGAGGAGUAGUGGAUGAUGUUGAAUGCCUCCUAGGGCUGCACAGCUCUACUGUACUAUGAGUACCAGGACUUCAGUGAGCAAGGUGCAGGUGCAGGUGCAUGGACGAUGAACAGACUCACAUUGUUACCAAACAACCAUUCACUCGGAUCUAAGAAACAAAGGCAACAAAGUUUGCAGCUCUAAAGCAAGUACUCUUGGGAAAGAAAGUGGAGACAAUAAAAUGUAGUAACAUAAUGUUCAAGAGAUUAUCACGGAUAAAGGCACUAAGACAGGCUAAGGAGAAAUUACUGGAAGAAAACGCUCCUGCUGAGUCCAUCUAUAAUCUCAGCCACAAAGCAAUCCGAGUGAAUGGUUGCUGGGUUCAAUGAAACAGCAAAUGAUGGGAAGUAACAACUCAUAUACAUGAAUGUGUGCUGGACAGCCCACUUUGUGUGUACGCGUGUAUCUUGGAGACGUGUUCGACUAGAUGUUGAAGUAAAGUACUGUGCUGACCAAACUAUACUGACAUGGCACCGCAAUGCUGCUUUCGAAUGCUCGAAACAAUAAUGGGAUGCUAUCGAACAUUAUUUAAUUGCCCUGAAUGGUUACCUACAAAUUAAUAUUAAUAUAUACCCUAUCCAGACUCAGAGAAGCUCAAGUAGAUAGUUCAACCAUCACUGGCUGGCUAGAAGGAAGCUACACUUACUGCAGCUAUCUACAGCUUAAUAGUGAUAGUUACAAUAACUUUAUACCAGUUAGAUCUAGCUAGCUAGCCUAAAAAACUUAUCGUUACUGGGAUAUCCAUGGGAACUAAUAAAGAGUGGGGAGGGGCUCAAUAAUAAGGCUAGGCAGCAGGAAGUGGUUUGCUGUAUCAAACACUUGAGCUGGCCUCACAACAUGCAGCACAACAAGGUUCUUGGACCAGGUACAUGAGGUACUGGUGGUCAUACUUUGUACGCUGCCUGUCAUCUCCUGGUAAGCUGAUCAAUCUUUUAGUGGCCUGAAAAGAAAAGAAUCAAGACUGUCGUCAGAUCAAGCAAAGGAACAAACGUUUAUCAUCACUUACACUUCUACAUUUACACAGAGUAGACUAGACAUGAUUGCAUUGACAUUUGACAUACCUUAAGAAGAGUUGGCUAGAGUUUGCCAUCCCAGGCGAAUUGAGCUUCUGGUCGUAAACAUUCUUGACUUGCUGA